CCGAAGCCGGUUUCAUAUCGCACCCCGCACCCCGCUCCUCCCUCCUCCUGCUCCGGCUCCCUUCCUCCACAGCUCGAAUAAAGUCCCCUCCUCUUCCAGUCUUCCUCCUCCGCGCUCCAAUCUUCCCAGCGGCACGGUUUCGGUUCUUGCAGGGUAGCACGGAGGUUCCUUCGUUGGGGGUUCUUGGUCUGCCUUGAGCGAUUUGGUGCGCCGCGGAUUGUUGUGGGGUUGUGAGUUGUGACUGCAGAGACAAGGGCCGUGUGGAGAGUCGAGCCAUCGAGGUCGAGGAGGAGGGAAAGGAAAAGGGGGGCGCAUGGGCGGCCAGUGGCUGGGGGAGGGGAUGCCGUCGUCCAACCUGCAGUGCUUCUUGGACUGCACCACCCCCACCGUCGAGACGCACAUUCUCCCCAAGACGAAUGGACGAUUGCCGACCGACGCCUGGCACCACGCUGAGAUGGACAGCGUCGAGUACUUCAAUCUUGCCGACCUCUGGGAACAGUACUAUGAAUGGAGCGCGUACGGCGCCGGAGCUACGGUGCAGCUCCCAGGAGGGGACAGAGUAGUUCAGUACUAUGUUCCAUACCUGUCAGGGAUGCAGCUAUACACCAACAAGGUCCUGACUGCAUCCAGAAGUUUUGGUGAAGAUAAUGGCAUGGAUUUAUGGAGUGAUGAUGAGGACAACGAGAAGAUGUCGAGAUCCUGGAGUUCCACCUCUGAUGAAUCAUUGUUCAACUGUGAUGUGUUAUGGUCCAACAGGAAGCGUCCAGGGCACCUGUACUUUGAGUUCUUUGAAGUAGGUUCACCUUAUGGAAGGGUUCCUCUCAUUGACAAGGUUUAUGAACUAUCCCAGGGCUUUCCUGGAUUGACAUCACUGAAGAGUGCUGAGCUUUCGCCUGUUAGCUGGAUGUCAGUUGCCUGGUACCCUAUAUACCACAUUCCUUACCAGCGCAGCGUGAAGGACUUAUCUGCAUGCUUCCUAACUUACCAUACCAUUUCCUCCUCGUUUCAAGAUCACGGGCUUGAGACCAUGACCACUGAUUGUUGCCAUCCAGUUGCAAACGGCAAACAAAAUGGCCACAUGGAUAAGAAGAGCAACACCGUAUCACUGCCUCCAUUUGGCCUCGCAGCACACAAGAUACAAGGUUCCCUCUGGACCAACCCCAUGACAGGAGACCGCAGAAAGAUGGACUUCCUCUUCAGUGCGGCAGACUCCUGGCUGAAGCAGCUUGGAGUCCAGCAUCAUGACUUCAACUUCUUCAUCACUCACCCCAUGUGAACUGCUGAUCCGGAGUGGCUUGCAAAGAACCACAUGGGUACAGUUUGAAGCUAGUGAUAUUACCUACCCACCACCAACGGGGUAGCAAAACGUUUACAGUACAAUGCGCUGGUGAAAUGAGUCUAACAAUCGCAGGAUAGAUUUAUACUUGAGUUUACUGCUGCAGCGAAUACCAAACAUGUCGGCACUCAAAAAGGUUUUCUGUUUCUUGUUUCUUGGCAGAAAAAUGUAACUGAUCUGUACAGAAGUUUUGCAACUAAUUUGGUAUCCAAUGUGGGGGUUGAGCUGUUGCUUGUGAACUUUAGUACCCUAGAGAAUGUUAGUUCCAGGAUGAAA